UGGGAAAUUGGUGAAGAAACUGGCUCCUUCUCCCAAUGGUAGAGAAGAGGGGGAACAGGGAGAUUAGUUCCUUUGCCCAGGGUCAUGGUAUCCAGGCUGAGAUGCAGCCUGACCAAGUAUCCAAGCUAGUAUGGGACUACUUCAACAAGCUGAGCACCAAUGCCAAGGAUGCCAUGGAACAGCUACAGAAGUCGGAUCUCAGCCAGCAGCUCAACACCCUUUUCCAGGAUAAGUGUGGGGAAGCCAGCACACAGACUGACGAAAUAAAGAAGAAGGUAGUGCCUUUUGCCAUGGAAUUGCCCGACUGUCUGGUGCAGGACUCGGAAAAACUUAAGGAGCAGAUCCGGCAGGAGCUGGAGGAACUGAGACUCCAGCUCCAGCCCAAUUCAGAUCAGGUCUGCCAGAAGAUGAAUGAGAACAUGCAGGUCCUGAAGCAGUGCCUGGGGCCCUGCACCAAUGGGCUCCAAAAAAGCCUCAAUGACAAUGCGGAGCAGCUCCGGCAGCAGCUGGCCCCUCUUUCCCAUCAGCUGGAGGCAGCCAUGAAGGAGAACAUCAACUGCGUGCAGAAGGCCCUGGCCCCCUUUGCUUGUGAAUUCAAGGACAAGGUCAACCAGCACGUGGACAAGAUGAAAUGUCAGCUCACCCCCUAUGCAGACCAGCUCCAGGACAAGAUCGACCAGCACAUCGCAGAGCUUCAGAAGAUCCUCACGCCCUUUGCCAAGGGUGCCCAGGACCAGCUCAAUCGCCAGCUCGAAUGCCUGGCCUUCCAAAUGAAGAAGAAUGUGGAUCAACUGAGGGCCAGGAUCUCAGACAACACAGAGGACCUGAAGCAGAAGCUGACGCCCUUUGCCGAGGAGGUGCGGGGGAAGAUGCCUAAAAGCUGCGAGGAGCUGCACCAGUCCCUGACCAAACUGAACUGUCAGGUGGACCAGGAGAUCGAAGAGUUCUGCAAGAAUAUGGGGCCCUUUGGGGAGUUCAACAAGGCCUUGGUGCAGCAUCUGGAAGAACUCAAGCGGAAACUCGGGCCACCCCGCCCAUGCGAUGUGGAGGACCACCUGAGCUUAUUAGAGAAGGGCUUGAGGGAGAAGGUCAACUCCUUCUUCAACACCCUGAAGGAGACCCAGGAGGAGAUGUUCUGUUUCCCUAAGCCCUAG